AUGACUCUCAAAAUGGAAGAAUUUAGCCAAUACUCGAAAGUGUUGUUCACCGCUUUGAAGUUGAUCUACCCUAAAUAUCACCCUAUCUGGUUCAUAUUUUAUAUGUAUGUGUUGUACAAUAGGACAGUGAAAAGAAAGACCAAAUACAAGAUUCGAUCAGUGCCCAUUAAACUUAUAGAGAAACUUGUGAAAGCUAACAAUUUUUUGGAUGAUGUCAAUAACGUACUAUUAGUUAACAAACAUAAUGUUUAUAGAAGCGACAAAUUACUUUUAUUAUUUUGUGAAAGAAAUUGUAAAUAUAGAAGUGUCCACAUAUUACCAAUAUCAGAAUGGGAGAAAGAUGUUGUAGGCCUAUCUGAGACUUUGAAUGAGAAUUUAGAAAAUGUUAAAAUACAUUCACCUAUUCAGUUACUAGCUUCCAGUAUGAAUAAGAUCAAAUUUGCCGAAGAAAUCAAUAUAUCUUUGAUCAACUCUCCUUUAGAUAUAAAUCAUUCUGUAACUGAUGCCAUCUUGGAACGGUAUUUCAAAAAGCCGAAGCUAGUCAACAAAGGUGAUAUAAUAGAAAUAGACGUUAAAUUUUUCGCAGAAGACGUACUUCUACUCAAUAACAAACUUAGCAACGUUGAAAGUAUAUAUUUCAAAUGCAACAAAGUAAUUCAUGGAAAUGUCGAAGUUUUUGAAACUUACUAUUGCGUCAUUGGUGAAACAUCUGUGUCACAAUCUGUAGAUAUACAAAGCUUUCUUCCAAAAAAGAUAGCCAAAAUUGUAUCCAAAGACAAUCCGAGUAGUUUCCGGAUUCCAUUAUGUCCAUAUGGAUUUGAAAAAGACCUGGAGAAAAUUCAGAGAGCAGUUAAACCCUUCAUAACAGGAAGAAAAAUAAACCUGAAACCAACUUUCCUCCUUACGGGAAAUCCAGGUAGCGGAAAAGAUAUAUUGUUAUCAUCUUUGGCAGCUUACCUUGGAAUGCAUUAUUAUCAAAUCAAUAAUUAUGAGCUCAUAGCCAAUGUCUAUGCUCAAAAUGAAACUAAAUUGCACAACAUAUUCUUCAAUGCCAAAAUGGCUGCACCAUGUAUUAUAGCCAUCCGGAACUUUGAGAAUUUCGGGAAAAACAAUGAUGGUAUCUUCGAUGAACGGAUAAUGAGCAAUUUCGCAGACGAACUAGAGAUCCUUUUCGAGAAAAAUACCUUUCCUGUUCUUCUGUUCUGCUGUAGUAACAAGAAAGAUGUGCCUACGGAUCUGAAAAAACUGUUUUUGGAAUGUUUCGAAAUAAGUGCACCCUCUGAUAUUCAACGUGAACAAAAUAUGAGGUGGAUCUUGGACGAGAAAGACUUCAGAACUGAGGCUAACUUGGCUGAUAUUGCUAACAAGACUCAUGGGUUUUACUUUGGGGAUCUGCAAGCUUUGAUUUACUAUGCGCAAAAGGAUUUCAGAUCAACUUCAAUAGGAGAGGUUAAUCUUGGCGAUGUCAACUUUUUGAAAGCAAUAGAUCAUAUGCAGAAGAACUAUAAUGAUAGUCUUGGAGCUCCUAAAGUACCUAAAGUGCUGUGGUCAGAUGUAGGUGGUCUAGGUGACGUAAAAGAAGAAAUAAUAAAAACAAUAAACCUACCACUGAAGCACCCAGAGUUCUUUGAAAAGUCCGGAUUGAGAAGAUCAGGUAUCUUACUUUUUGGGCCACCUGGAACUGGUAAAACGCUGAUUGCCAAAGCCGUGGCUACCGAGUGCGGUCUCUGUUUUUUGUCAGUAAAAGGACCGGAGUUGCUCAAUAUGUACGUCGGUCAAUCUGAACAAAAUAUCAGAGAAGUAUUCGAAAGGGCCAGAGGAGCAUCGCCUUGUAUAAUAUUUUUCGACGAACUCGACUCUCUCGCCCCGAAUAGAGGAAUGUCCGGUGAUUCAGGGGGAGUUAUGGAUAGAGUUGUGUCACAACUUCUUGCGGAAAUGGAUGGAUUGAAUGAGUCAGCAAUAGUAUUCAUCAUUGGAGCAACAAACAGACCAGAUUUAAUUGAUCCAGCCCUCUUGAGACCUGGAAGGUUCGACAAGCUAUUGUAUAUUGGCCCAUGUACGGAUAAGGAAUCAAAAAUUUCUGUUUUGAAAGCUCUUACUCGACAAUUCAAUUUGGACACCGAUGUCGAUUUAGCUGAAAUAGUGGGAAUUUGUCCAAAAAAUAUCACUGGAGCUGAUUUUUACGGGAUAUGCUCCACUGCAUGGUCAUCUGCUGUUAGAAGACUGAUAGGAGCAUUAGAAUCUGGUGAAGCUUCAUCAGAAAAUGUGUCGCAAAAAGAGGUCAUCGUCAAUUUUCAAGACUUUGCAAAUGCCAUGCGAAAUUUGAAACCUUCCAUUAGCACCGAUGAUUUACAAUAUUUCGAUCAAUUAAAAAGAGAAAUGAGUUCUAACGUAUGA